AUGGCGAGGCCGCGACUACGACUCCCAGCGUGCCCUGCGUCUGCUGCCCGUCCUCACGGCAACGGCGGCACCCAACGGCCGUGCAGGAGGAUAGCAAGUCCUAGUAAGUAUGUGACACAGACAAUUCCCCAAAGCACAGAAGUAUUAGAAGCAGCAGCUGAAGCAGAGGUAAUGAUUGCAAGCAAUGCAGUGGAGAAUGCAGAAGUAAGAAUCAUCAAACUAACUAUUUUGAGGGCUUUGUCAGUGACUUGCUCUGAAACAGCUAGAAGCAGCCGUUGUUUAGAACUAUCCGAAACUGAACAGAAGAAAAUGCAGAAAAAUGAAAGAAAGAAGAAAAAAGAACAACAGAUCUUUUCCCAAAACAAUAAAGGGGGAAAGAAAUUGCCAGCUAAGAAGAUACCACAUCAAAAUUCUUCAUUUUUAAGCCUGCAGAAUAACAUGAUUUCCCAGAAAAGAAAUAAAGUGGCUCAGCGAAUAUUAUCAGCAAGACUUCAUAAAAUUAAAGAGCUGAAGAAUGAAAUAUUUGAUUUGCAGCGCAAGUUAGAAGCAUCAAACUUAGAAAACCAGGUUUUGAAACGGCUUUGGUAUCGGCACUCAAAAGCAAUAGGUGGAUAUGAAAAUUCAGAAAGUGUCUUGCCUGAUCUGUUAACAAGGCAUUACAGUGAGGUGAGUACUUUGAGGAAACACCUGAGGAUGUCUCAGGAGGAAGAAAGACGUGCAUCCAGAAGGCUUAGGAAAGUUGAAGUGGAGCUGCUAAAAGCUAAAGAUGAUUUGCAAGCCUUGUAUAAGCUUUCAGAAGACAAGACUCUUGCUGAGAAAGAGGAACUUUAUCACAGAUUAUCAGUCCUUGCAGAAAAAAUGGAAGUGAAUAAUAAGAGAAUACAGAGCCUAGAAAAGCAGAUGAAGUUGAACAAUAGCACCUUUAGUCGCCAGCUGGCAAAUGAGAAUAAAAAAGCUGUUGAAGCUGGGAUAAUUACAAAGAACUUGCAAAUGGAAAUUAACUCUCUUCACCAAAAAAUUAAGGAAAAGGAUCGGCAACUUUACAUAAAGAAUAUCUACGCAAAUCGAUUGCUUAGAAUCCCAAAGGACAAAGAUGAUUCAGUACCUCAUAACAAAAGUAAAGGUCUCAGUAUAAACACAUCAGUGCAAGUAAAUAAACAGCAUUUUACAUCACUGCUAUCUCAGUACCAACCCCAGGAAACAGAAGAAAGUACAGUUCUGCUACAUGAGGAGGAAAAGGCAUCAGAAGAUAAGAAUCAAAAAGCUAAAGCAAGCAAAGCAUACACUGAUGCCAAAUGUGAAACAGAAAAGCAGUCAUCCAAGAAAAUACCAAAGCCAGAAAAUUUUGGUCGAACUCAUGGAGAAUAUUUAAAGGAAAACAAACCGCAGACAGCACACACUUGUCUGGAAUUUGUAAAACAAGAAAGAAAGAGAGACUUCCUUAAACAGAAGAAAGCUGAAGAAACUCUGCUAAAUGACAGUGUAAAAGAGAACAGUCAAGAGGAAGAUGCAGUGGAAGAGAAAGAAAAGAAGUCAGAAGAACAACUAACAAGAGGGAAGGCAGGGAGUAAUUUUUUAACUCCAAGAAACAAAAUGCUCUCUAAGCUGAAAAAACAAUACGUAUUCUCAGAAACCACUGAAAAUUUGUAUCACGGGCUUCCUACAUCAGGUACAAAAUCCACAAAAUGCAGUCUUUGUAACAACAGACACUCAGGUCAGGACCACUGCAAAGAAGAAUCAAAAGUAAAGAAACUGUCUGGGCUACACGAACCACCCUUCAGUAAAGUUACCAACAUAAGGCAGAAAGACAGUUUGACUGAAGCAGAAGGCUGUGCUCAUACAAUAUUCAGGGAAAGGAAGAAGAGUCUUAUGAAAGAACUCUUUGGACAAGGCAAUGUUUGCAAAGACAGCCAUUCAUGUUCUAACACGAGAGGAAUGGAGAGAAAGCUGUGAGGGGAUGCAUGAUUACACAAGCGAAAUGUUAAUCCUCCAAUGAUUUAUAAAAUAGUGUCUAUCAUCAAUGAGUCAUUAUGAAUAACCUUAUAAGAAUACACUAAAUUCGUAUCUAUGAAGUAUAUUCAGCUUACCUUUCCAUUUCAAUUACACACUGUUUUUAGCUUCAUAAAAUGUAUAUAAAAUCUUAGAAUUUUUGAGAAUUUCUGUCAUUGACUUUCAAAAUGAGAGGCAGAUCAGCUGUCACAGCAGAACAUUUUUAUUAUUGAUGCACAUGUGUACAUUUUUGGGUGCCUCAACAAUUUUGUCAUUUUACCCAUUAUAGUGAGGUAUCCAAGUUAGUCCUUUUUGGUUAAUUUUUUGCAUUCUCUCUGCAGUUUGAAUCUUAAGUUAUUUGUUAACUAGCUGCAGUGAGCAGUCUGCUUUCAAAAGAUUCUUCACUGAAUUGCUACCUAAAAUGUACUGAAAGAAAAUAAUUUUCUUUUCACUCCUGACAUAGCUUCCAGAAUUCACACAAUAAUUUGCUAUUACAUUGUUUUCAUUAGCAUUAUAAAGCUCUAAAGCUCCAUUCUUUUCCGCUGUUAAAACUUACCAAAGCAGUUUGCCUAGUAACUACCACAGCUGACAUCCAGAAUUGAAUGUGCAAGACUAAAGCAUUGUUCUGGACAAGUCAGGCAUAUCUAGUUCUCAAAAAGUCUUUAAAAAUCUUGCAUUUAAGGUUAUGUAAGUAAGGGUAGGAAGAUUAUGUCUUGUUUCUGGUGGAAAUUCAUGAAAGGCUGCUAGAAUGUAAGCUAGGAAAAAGGUAUUCUACUAAAUUUUAAAGAGCAGUAGCAAAAAAAAAAAAAACAAAAA